GUAAGCGCGAGGAUCAAUCUGCGUGCAUUAUAAAAUAAGUGGUAAAAUGAAUUCUUUCACAAUAUGAAAGGUGUAUUUCAGGAGUUAACAAACCAACCGUCGAGUUCGACACCCAGCUUUAAAGCAUUUCUACUUACUCAAUGCCGGAAACAAACACGAUUGAAAACAAGGACAUGGAGGACGAGUAAGUGAUAGAUUUAAAGCAAUAGUAUUAUGUAUAUUUUUACUUUCUUGUUUUGUUUACACAUUGCCGUCUCAUCUCUGCUGUAGAAUUAAAUUUAUACAUAAUUUAAUGUAUAGUUUUAAUACCUUACAAUAUUAGCUAAUUUAAAACUGGAUGAGGAAACAUUAAUUUUAAAUAGUUAAAUGUUAUUUUCAUUUAAAAUCUAUUAGAUGUUUGAUUAAUAUAAUACAGACGACGAUAAACACUAUUCACUACACUAUAGUAGGGCUUUAAAAAAUAUGCUGGUUCACAUUUGUACAAACAAACGUUAAAUGGUCUUUAGAACGAAGCGUAUGACUUUUCCGCACCUCUCAAGGCCAGGGGGAAAGUGGGGGAAAAUUUGGCCCCACCACCGAAGUAAAUGGAUGUAUUUAUUUCUUAGCGACUCGAGUCGUGCUUUUACGCCGUACUUAAAAAUUUAUUUAGUAGGCAACUAGGUCUAGUUCUGUUAAAUUAUUUAAUCUAAAGAUGUAUUUAGUAGGCAACUAGGUCUAGUUCUGUUAAAUUAUUUAAUCUAAGUCAUCGUGAUAACAUAUAUUAUAUUUAUGGAAAAGAAACAAACAAAACAAUGCCUUUCCUUUUGUUAACAAAGUGCGUUGUCCUUUAGCCUUCAGACUUGACACUGCUGUUGGCAGAGUUCUACGCGUCCAAAUAUCAGGUCACUUAAAAAAAAAAAUUGUAUUUUUUUACUUGAAUAUGUCAGCGACUUGCGCUGAUAACUCUUUUGUGCGUAUCGCCCGAGAUGAAGAAACUCCAAAGCAACCUUAAUCAACAUGAAGUAUGAUUGGGUGCGAUCUAAAUUUACUAUCCAAUAGAAUGAUGUUAAAUAAAGACGAACGGUUCGCGGCUGGUAAGUCCGCCAAAAAAAAAAAGAAUAACGAACAAUAAUUUAUUUAUUUCUCUGUAUUUUAAUUAUUUUUCUAAAAGAUUUUUUUUUUUAGACCAGAUACAAAUUUACUAGUGUGCUCUGGAUAUAAUUUUUGAGUGCCUGUAGAAGUUUUAGCGGUUAACUUGUGCGGCGCAAUAACUCAGCGAGUGUAAUUUAAGGAACACCCACCAGCUGUGUUGAAUGCUGGGUGGUGGGAUAGAAAUAGGCCUGCACGAGGUUUUAUCGGCAUUAUUUACACAAAGAUCUCGGCAGCUAAACCGCGGCUUGCGAGCUUGUCAUUGUCCCAUUUUUGACUCUUCGAAGAUGGUUUGGCUCUUAAGAGUAGCAAGGUAAAUAAUUUUCUUUGUUCCGGUUUCGCAGAAAGCCGCAUUGUUUAUUUUCUUGUUCAAGCCGGUGUCGUCCUGGUUGACAAGUGCGUUUUCGUUGCCACGCCUUUUUCCCCCCGACUGUGACAGUUAAAUGGAGGCUGAGUUAUGAGAAGCAAAAUGUAGUGACCGGCGUCUCGACCGGCGUCUCAACACUCUUGGUUAUAUAAUAACCCUUAAAAUGAAAUUGCUACGACGGUCGUGUAACUGUUACAUAUAUUUUAACUGAAACUUUUAUUGCGGUAUAGGCCUAUGUGUAGUGUGUUACUGCGCAUUGUUAACUUUAAAAAAAUGAGUAGGCCUAGGGGUGUUACUAUUUUGUUCACUACAGACAACAGUAGUAGGGUUAGAAGAGAAUAUGUCGGUGCAGGGGUUAGUCAAUUAUUUUGAUAUUGUAAUUGAAAAGCGUUUUCUUUCCUGUAUUGUGUGACAAAUAAUCGCACAUUUUGUUUUUGAUUGAUUUUUUACCGAGGCUUCAACUUCAAUUUUAUCACUGUGACUGAUUAGCCUUGAGCAGAGGCGUAGCGAGGGUGUUUGGCGCCCGGGGACAAGAUCAAUUUUAAAGCGCCCCCUUUUCUUUUUUUCAACUCUCAAACCCAUUAUUUUUACCAAUAAUAUAUCAAAGCACAUUUUGGCGCCCCUAACUAGCUGGCGCCCGGGGACAUCUGCCCCCCCCUCGCUACGCCUCUGGCCUUGAGGCGUUCACUAUGAGUAUGAUCAUGCUGAUGCCGUGCAAUUUCACGUGCAAAAGAGUUUAACAUUAAUUUUGUUGUAACCCCUAGAGCCUUAAAACAAAAUAAAGUAGUAACAGUUGGAUUUGAACCCUUAUCAGACUUAUCUUGCUUCAUACGUGGCUGACCCCGCCUAGGUCAAUAUGGUCUGAGUACUUAGCCAUUAGGGCUCCUGGCCCUGGCGUUACAUUACAUUGUCAACAAAUAAGAUGUUUCAUUUUUUUUUUGUCUUCCUAGUAUUUCCUCAUUCUUUUUUUUUAAAGUAAUAAUGUAGCAAUUAGGAUAAGUAGCCAGCCAUCGUCAAUCGAUAAAUGAGUGUUGCCUGUCCAUUCAGUAUUGUCAAUCAAUGAGUGUUGCCUGUCCAUUCAGUAUUGUCAAUCAAUGAGUGUUGCCUGUCCAUUCAGUAUUGUCAAUCAAUGAGUGUUGCCUGUCCAUUCAGUAUUGUCAAUCAAUGAGUGUUGCCUGUCCAUUCAGUAUUGUCAAUCAAUGAGUGUUGCCUGUCCAUUCAGUAUUGAUUUAAGCUCAAGCUAUCCUUGCAUCACCAUGAAGUGUAUGAAGUGUAUGAAGUGUAUGAAGUGUAUGAAGUGUAUGAAGUGUAUGCGUUAUUGUUAUUGUUAUUGUUAUUGUUUAAAAUCCUGAACUGUGGUCAUUGUGGAGAUAAUGCUGACAAAGCCAGAACACUUUUCUAGUCAUCUGAAAGAGGAUGAAUGAAUGUAAUAUAAUAAUUUCUCAGCCGCCCCAUUCCAAAACUAAAGACUAAUAACAGAAAAUAUUUUUUUUUUCUUUUCAAAGUAAGGAUAAAUAGAAGUAAAUAUAAUAAAGGGAAAUAACUUGUGCUAAAGUACAGAGUCCAAUCCAGUAAAUUAAAAGUCAAUAAUUUUUAACACUUCUGCCAGAUGUUAGAAAUACAGUGGCGUUUCAGACUGAGCUAAGACUGGACUCACUUUGUUGGAGGAGUAGCCAGUCUAAAAUAUCAUUACUUGAAUUUAAAAAAACUUCUUUUAAUUUUUUAAAUUUCAGUUUAUCCUCCAAGAUUCUGAAAAAUGCAGCUGAUCAAAUUGGAAGAUCGAAUCUCAUUCAGGCAGCAUCACUAUCAAGCACAAACACCCUCUUUGACCAAGCCCGAGAUGCAAGGGUCAUCUAUGGGGACAUCAACGAUCUGCCAAAUAAAGUGCGUCACUAUGUGGAAGAGAAUAUCCGUCUCUGCAAGCCGGAAACUAUCCACAUAUGCGAUGGCUCGGAGCGUGAAAAUGAGCUGCUGACCUAUAUUCUACAGAAAGAUGGCAUUAUCAAGAGAUUGCCAAAAUAUACCAACUGGUGAGUACAUCUCCCGUCGAUUGUAUUUGUUUUAAAAUUGCACGACUGACAACAUACUACCACCGUGGUUUAGCUUGAAACUGUGUUGUACUUAAGCCCACAUUUCAUCAUGAUUAUGGUUUCCUUAGCCAAUCAAAUGCUUCACGUUGGGCUCGCUUCUUGGUGGUGAGAUAUGUACCUUGAUAGAUUAUCAGAGUGGUUGGAAAGCUGGAGAGUUAUAAUUACAUGCCAAUUGUGAUGAUAUUUACAUCUUCCUUUAUCUCUCCCAAGGUCUUUUGUCCUAUUAAUUAAAUAUAAUCUGUCUAAUUGCAUCAUGUUGAGAUCGAAAUGAAUGCACUAUCUGUGAUAAAUUAUCUUUGUCACUUUUCAUCAAAGUAAAUUUUUAAAAAUUCUAUUGCCAGUUGGCUUGCGAGAACUGACCCUGCCGAUGUUGCCAGGGUUGAGCGAUUGACAUACAUCUCUACAGAAAUUCAGCGUGACACUGUCCCAACCCCCAAAUAUGGCGCCAAGAGUCAGCUGGGCAAUUGGAUGGCCCCGGAUGAUAUGGAUAAUGAACUCAACAUGAGAUUCCCCGAUUGCAUGAAAGGUAUGUGAAAAGACAAAAUUUAAAACAAAUUUUUUAAAAAUUAACAAUAUGAAAGUGCAUUGAAAACAUUCCAUUUAUUAUAAAAGUACAAUAAAUACCUUUGUCUCUUCAGGUAGAACAAUGUUUGUGAUACCGUUCAGCAUGGGCCCCAUCGGCUCACCACUGUCCAAGAUUGGUAUCCAGCUCACAGAUUCAGCUUAUGUGGUGGCCAGCAUGAGAAUCAUGACACGCAUGGGCACUGCAGUACUUAAGGCCUUGAAUGAUAACAGUUUUGUCAAGUGCCUUCACUCGGUUGGCAGACCCCUUCCCUUAACUGGUAUGUUAUCUUGACCUGGGUUAAUUUUUAACUGGUAUGUUAUCUUUAAAAAAAAUUUUUUUUUUUUCAUUUACAACCAUAAUUGGUAAAAAUGUUUAUUUUGGGCUAUAUUGAACUAUAGAUUUACCAUAUGCUAUUUAAAACUCAUGGCUCACCUUUCCAUUUAAUAUUAGAAAUAUUUAUAUUUGACACUGUAAUAUCAUUUCAGCACAAAUCCACAAUAACUGGCCAUGCUACCCAAAGAUGACCUUGGUUGCCCACCUGCCCCAAAGGAAUGAGAUUUGCUCAUUUGGCAGUGGUUAUGGCGGGAACUCUCUGCUGGGCAAGAAAUGCUUUGCUCUUCGUAUUGGUUCUAUUUUGGGCAAUCGUGAAGGCUGGCUGGCAGAACACAUGCUGGUAAGUAAUCAUAGAUAUUUUAAAUUUGUAAUGUUACUAAUAAAAAAAAUGUUAAAUGGCUAAAACUAUUGCUAUGCUGAAGAAAGGUGCCCGUCAAGUGUACUUAAUAAUGAAUUAUGGUUUUAAAAUAAUUAAAAUUUAAAAUAAACUAAAUUUUAAUUUUUUUUUCUAUUGUCCAGAUUUUAGGCAUAGAAAAUAAGACAACGGGCGACAAGCGCUACAUUGCAGCUGCCUUCCCAAGUGCCUGUGGCAAGACCAAUCUGGCGAUGAUGACUCCAUCCCUCAGCAACUACAAGGUGACGUGUGUUGGUGACGACAUUGCGUGGAUGAGGUUUGACGACAAAGGAAGGCUUCGGGCCAUCAACCCUGAAGCUGGGUUCUUUGGUGUCGCACCAGGUUUGUGAUUGACUUGACACUCUUCCUUGUACUCAUAUAAUAAUGGAAUGCUUUAGUUGUAUUUGAAAUUCAAAUUAUUCAUAUGCUUUAUUGGAGUCAAUUAUUUUUAACUUUCCUAUUCAAGUGUUAGUUUUAAAUAAAUUUCUCACCUGAAAUUAUGUACAGAACAAAUAUUGUUCCUCCAUUAUCUCAUUAGCAUGCAGUAUCGUUCACAAGCAACCCUAAAGUUAUUUACAAACUUUAUAAAAAAUUUUUUUUUAAAUUUCAGGUACAUCAACGAAGACUAACCCCAUUGCCAUGGAAACCAUAAAAGCCAACACCAUUUUCACCAAUGUGGCAGAGACCAGUGAUGGAGGUGUGUUCUGGGAAGGAUUAGAAAAAGAAAUAGACGGCAGUGUGAAAAUUAAAUCCUGGCUCGGGGACGAAGACUGGAAGAAAGAGGAAUCUGAUAGGAGCGCCGCCCACCCCAACUCCAGGUUUGUUUCAAAAUACUGUCUUUGUAUAAGCACUGUCUUUGUAUAAGCACUGUCUUUGUAUAAGCACUGUCUAGUAAGCACUGUCUUUGUAUAAGCACUGUCUUUAUAUAAAUAUUUUCUAAAUAAAAAUACUGUCUUUAUACAAAUGUAUAUAUUUUUUUGCAGAUAGAAUUAUUUUCACACUUUGCUUGUUAACUAAGUUAAAAUGAAUGGAAUUCAACUGUCUGUACUUGUCUUAUUCAUGGUUUUAAAUAUCAUAAAUGAAUUUAUUGACAGAUUCUGCACCCCAGCCACACAGUGCCCCAUCAUGGACCCAGCCUGGGAAGAUCCUCAAGGCGUUCCCAUUGAUGCCAUCAUUUUUGGUGGUCGCCGACCCACCGGCGUCCCCCUGGUGUACGAGGCUUUCAACUGGCAGCACGGUGUGUUUGUUGGGGCUUCGAUGAGGUCCGAGUCAACGGCAGCUGCUGAGCACAUUAGUAAGUACUUGAAUUACCCGUUAGAUGUUAGGCAUUUUCUGUUUUUCUUUUUAUACCAUAUAUUUAUUGAUUGGAUUGUAUAGUUUUUUUAACAAGAAUAAAUAACUAUUACAUAUAUUUGUUUUGAUCUGUAAUGAUUAAUUAGAUCCCAGUCACAUAAAUACAAAUAUUUUAUAAUAUAUAUUUACAGCUAAACAGAUAAUGCAUGAUCCAUUUGCGAUGCGCCCUUUCUUCGGCUACAACUUCGGUGACUACCUAAAACAUUGGUUGAGUUUUGGCCAGAGAGAAGGCUUGACACUGCCCAAAAUUUUCCAUGUCAACUGGUUCAGGAAGGGGCCCAACAAUAACUUCCUGUGGCCAGGAUUUGGGGAGAAUGCCAGGGUCUUGGACUGGAUUGUCCGAAGGUGUAACAAUGAAGACAUUGCCAAAAAGUCUGCCAUCGGACUGGUCCCCAAGUUUGACUCUUUCAACCUGGAGGGCCUCGACGAACCUGUGGAUCUUGAUGAGCUCUUCAGCCUGCCCAGGGAAUUCUGGGAGAACGAGGUCAAUGCCAUAUACAAGUAUUUUGACGAGCAGGUUAACGAAGACCUCCCAAAAGAAAUAAUGGCUGAGCUCCGCAGCUUGGAGCAGAGGAUUCAGACGGAGCUGUAGUAAAUUCACUCCAGAUGUUUCUGUUUGUUACAAAGUUGGGUUGAUAUGGGUUGAUAACUGUUGUUGAUUCUUGUUGUUUCAAGAACUCUUUAGACUUGACAAUUACACAAAAUGAGAUUAAUUUUUAUAUAUUUGUGAAUGAUAAAAAAUGUAAAUUUCAACAUGAUUUAUCAAUAAGUACAUCCUACAUUGUUCUGAUUACUGUCACACCAAAGGUUUGGUUGACACGUGUUACAUAUCAUAUAACUACACAUGAGGUGAACUGUUAUCUCUGCACUUUUAAAUACCAGUUUAUCUGUCUAUAAGCAGUGUGAUUGUCAAACCAUUCUAGUUAUUUGUUGACACUUUAGACCUGUUAAUCAAAGCUGUGAUAUGUUGUUAUUCACCAGCAGCAGCUCUCACCAAGUAGAUUAACUUUCUAUAUUUUCGAGUUUUACUUUUUACAUGUGUUGAAGUCCUGCCCAUAAAAUCCUUUGCAAGAGAUGUUGAAAUGUUGUGAGAUCUUCGUGGCUGAUAGAGAACUGUUUGUAUGCUUUGAUUAAUCCUAUUACUCAAUAGGCUCAGAUGAAUAUGUUCUAUUGGUUGAGAUUACAAGUCUUUCUUAUGAAUGUUUAAUUCAUUUUCCAUUCACAAGGGGGUUUUUUUUGUGUUCAAAAUGAGGCUGACAAUUUUUUUAAAAUGCAUAAUUCCCUUACUUUGUUCACUUGGUGAUCUUUGCGGUCAGCUCCACGCUAAAAGUGCGGGUGUAAAAAAAUUGGCGUUCUUCACACAAUGAAUGGCAUAGCAAAGGAGGACCUCCGCACGGUCAAUGAAAAAGCCUUAAGAAUUCAAAAUGGCAUUUGUGUGUGAGGAUUGGCACUAAGAAUUUAAAAAUUUUAUGCUUCGAAGAUUUUAUAUAAUCACUGCAAUGCUUGCUAAAAUGUCAUUUGAACUCUUGAUAACUUUAAAUUUUAAAUUGUGAAGUUAGAAAUGACCACUAGACAUUCAUAGGAAAUCCAAAAUUGUGUCGUCUACUUCAAUUUCAUGCUCAAUAUUCAAAUAGUGCUCUUUUGUGUCUCCAAGCACUGAACAGAGAUGAGAGUCAUCCUAUUUUUAGCUGUUUUACAGUUUAUAUUAAACUACAACAGCUUAUAGCGUACAUUAAUACAUAUAGAUACUAUAGCGUACAUUAAUACAUAUAGAUACUAUAAAGCUAAUUAUAGAAAGUGUUUUACUGAUUCUGGAUAUUUUAAUUUUUUUUUAUGUAAUUACCAGUACAUAAGGUUGUGAAUUUUCCAUGAGCGCCAAAGUGUGACAUUGCCAGCAUAGGUAUUCCAUAACUUUGGGUGUGUUUACAUUUGUCUCAAAUGCCUUCACCUUGGGAUGCUACAAUUUGUGUUACAUUGCUUUUUUUGUAUAAAUCUAAUUUUACUUUUACAAAACUAACAGGUUUAUCUUUGUGUCUAUGACGUCAUGCAGCUAAAAGGAAUGGCUGCCAUUUUUAUUCAGUUUAAUGUAAAUACUUGUAUAUUUGUCUCAUAGUUUAAAAAGUUGACCUUGUUGAGUAUGGGUUAUGGCACCUUGAUUGAGUCUCAGAUUAUCGGUGCAUUAUGACUUAUGGUGUCAUGUAUUUUUCUACUCUCUAAACCAAAUUUGUUGGCUUGUAAAUACAAAGAUUUGUGUACAUAUACUUUUGAGGUCUAUCACCUUGUUGCUAAGAUACUUGAAAUACGUAAUGUUUAUAGAGGGAAUUUUACACAUCAAAUAUUAUUUUAAUUUUUUAAUAAUGAAGAGAAAAUAAAAUAUUAAAAAAAUUCCUUUUUCUUAGUUUAAAAAAAAAUAAUUUAUAGUAUAUGAGGGUGGGGGAAGGUGGUGCAGCACGGGGAC